CGGGGCCAUGCUGGCCGGCUCCAUCCAGAUCUCCGGGGAGACCCUCUCCUCGGCCGAGGUCAAGGACAUCUGCGAGUCCCUGAGGGCCCAUUCGGUGCGGCUACUCUCCCUGCGGGGCUGCCACCUGUCGGACCGCGACUUCGGCCGCAUCAGCCGCCAUGUGGCCGAGUGCCAGUCCCUAGCGCAGCUCAACCUCAACCUCGGCGUGGUCAGCACCCUAGCCCGAGUGCAGCAGCUAGCAGAAGCCCUGGCCGCCAACAGGUCCAUCCACUCCCUGUUCCUUCAUGGCAGUCCUCUCACUGAUUCUGGAUUGGCUGUCCUCAACCCUGCCCUUUCCCUGCAUCCCUCCCUAAUAUCACUGGACCUUGGAGACUGUGUUCUGGGAGAUGAAGCAAUAAAUCUCAUCUGUGGACUGUUACCACCUGAUGGAGCAAAGUCAGGACUGAAGGAGCUGACGCUGAGCGCUAACCCUGCUAUCACAGUGAAAGGAUGGGCACGUCUGGUGAUCGCAGUUGCACACAGUUCUCAACUUCGUGUCCUUAAUUUGGAUUAUAAUCCAUUAGGUGAUCACAUCGCUGGGAUGUUGGCGGUUGCUGUGGCUUCUAGUCGGACUCUGGAGGUAGUGGACCUGGAGGGAACAGGCCUCACAAACCAGUCUGCUCAGAUAUUUCUGGAUAUGGUGCAAAAUUAUCCCACCUCCAUGCGGAGCCUCAUCCUUGCAGAAAAUAACAUCAGCUUGGAACUGCAGCAGCAAAUCUCAGAUCUAUUGUCUGAAGGAGAAGAAGAGGAAGACAAUGAGAAUGAAGAGCAAGAAGAUUCAGAAAGAGAGAAAGACAUCUGGAUUUCUCAAAGCAAUCAAGCAUCACCGACUAUCCUCAUGUCAACGGGCCUGGAAGAUUCUCUGCUGGCAGAAACAGAAAUGUAACAGUUGCAGAUGGCAGGGUGCACUGUGUCCCUGCAGACCUCAACCACACGGCACUGCCACUGAUGUCUCCUUGUCUUGCAAUGCUGCCAUUGGACUUUUUCACUGGACAGAACCGAAACCCUGACCAUAUUUUGUCACUUGGAUCACAUAGAGCUGUAGCCCUUAGCUGAUAAUGGCUGGAAAAGCACUUCCAAUCACUUCACAUCACCUGCCUUUAUGUAUUUAUUUACUUUUAAUAAUUUAUUGAAAUUCAAGUAGUCUGAUUAACCACAGUCACUGCACUGCAAAAGAAAUGAAUUAUGUGAAGCACUGAAAUGUUUUGAUGUGAUAAUGCACUGUGUAAAUGGAAUGGUUGUUAUCUAUUACUGGAACAGCUUGCGUAGAUCCUGUAGUCAGCUCUGCUGUCUCCACUAAGGCUGCUGACUAUCCUGUCUGUGAAAUGAGAACGUCACAGAGACUCGCUGGAGUCUUUCUGUGACCUAUUCCAAGUGAAAUUGUUAAUUACGGAACCACUAAUUCUCUUCACUGACUUAGAAUGAGCCAGAAGUGAUAAUUAUUCUGUGCAGUAAUUAAUGCAAUAGUCAUUCUUUCCCACAUAACCUUUGCUGUCAUCUCCAAUAUGGUCUGAAAAAGUAAACUGGAUUCUCACAGAAUAAAUUGGACAAACACAUGCCGCAGUUAUGCAGACCCCCACCUGACCCCGUCUCUGAAGCCUGGAGUGAAACCUGUGCACCAGCCCCGUAAAAGGUUAAAAGAGCAGGCCAGAGACCAUGGUGAGUGAUUCACCUCCUGAGUCCACAAAGCAUUUCCACCAUCUACAAGACAGAAUUCCGGUGUGUGAUGGAAUACCCUCCACCUGCCCCGAUGAGUGCAGUUCCAGCAACUCUCAAGAAGUUCCGGGUCCAUUCAGGACAAAGCAGUUUUCUUGAUUGGUACUCCAUCAACAACCAUCCAUCAGUGGUGGACCACAACUCACCCACAAAAUGAAUCAUAGCAACUCACCAAAGUU